CUCGGGAAUUGCAGUUGCGUUGCGGUUUUCAGUUUCCUUGGUGUGUACGCGCCAUUUACUUCACGGAUUCCUACUACUUAUGUUCUGUAUGUUCUUAUGUUCUAUCUGCAGACAGCCUCGUAAAAUAACCUGCAAAAAAGCAGAGUAAUGUAAAGUAUAAGGCAUGCAGAAUUCAUGUGGCAGCUGAGAAAUUCUUAACAAUAUAUAUGGUAGGAAAGCGAAAAGGGAAGAAGCCCUUGGAAGAUACUCAGUAAUAAAGCACAAAGGCUGGAAACUUUCAUCCAGUGUUGAAUAUGUCAGUACAUAUAAAACUCCAGUAAUAAAUGUAAUGAAAAUGCAUUCGGUGGUCCUGAACGGUUCUGAAGCUACUACUUCCAGUUUGACGUGGGGAAGACUAGGACGGUUUGGCAAUCAAGCCGAUCACUUCCUGGGUGCCCUUGGUUUUUCAAAGGGGUUGAACCGUACAUUGGUACUGCCACCAUGGGUUGAAUAUCGAUACGGAGAACUACGCUCGAUUCAAGUUCCAUUUGAUACAUACUUCAAAGUGGAACCUUUUUUGAAAUAUCAUAGGGUUUUGACUAUGGAAAAUUUUAUGAAGACUGUAGCUCUUGAAAUUUGGCCACCACAAAAAAGGAUAGCUUUCUGUUACACUGCUAGGGGUGAUGGCAAUGGAUGUAAUGCGAAAGAAGGAAAUCCAUUUGGACCAUUCUGGGAUACAUUUGAUGUGGAUUUUGUUGCGUCUGAAUUUUACGGACCCUUGCAUUAUGAUAUAUAUCACCAUGAUAUGUCUACAAAGUGGAAUGAGAAGUAUCCUGCACACCAAUGGUCUGUUCUUGCAUUUACUGGGGCUCCUGCAAGCUUCCCAGUCCAACUUGAGAAUCGUGAACUACAUCGUUACAUGCAGUGGAGUGAAUUAAUUUGGAAGCAGGCACAUGAUUUCAUCAAGCAAGAGCUUCCUACAGGAGCCUUCGUAGGAAUUCAUUUACGUAAUGGAAUAGAUUGGGUCCGUGCAUGUGAACACAUCAAUUACAGUCCAAAUCUAUUCGCAGCCCCACAGUGCCUUGGUUAUCAAAAUGAGCGAGGUAUAGCCACUACAGAAAUGUGUCUCCCUUCCAAAGAGACAAUUGUGCGACAACUUAAAAGGGUACUGAGAAAUGUGAAAGGUGCUGUAGCGGUAUUUGUAGCUUCAGAUAGCAAUCACAUGAUUAGUGAUCUCACAGAGGCAGUUAAGAGAAUGGAGGUUACUGUUCAUCGCUUGGAACCACCAAAUCCUCAUGUUGAACUAGCAAUUCUUGGUCAAUCAAAUCACUUUAUUGGGAAUUGCAUAUCAUCUUUCUCUGCUUUUGUCAAACGGGAAAGAGAUACUCAUGGUUUGCCUUCAUCCUUCUGGGCUUUCCCAACUGAGCGUGUAUCAGCUAAUGCAAACCAGUCUCAUGAUGAGCUCUAAAAUAUUUAAUUCAUAAUAGGGUCUUAUGGAAACAAACCCUAAGAACAAGGAAUUAUUGGUUACAUUGAUUAUUUGAUGAUGCUGUGUCAGGUGUAGGUGAUAUGUACCUCAGUAGAAAGAUGUGAAAAUUAUGACUGGAGCUGUGGCAGAAAUGGUAAAGGAUGCAGUCAUGGCUUAUGUUAAGGUACUGUCACAUUUACUGGCAAAACUAUGGAAACCCUCACAUAAAGAAAAAGAUUCUUGGUAGUGGCCACAAGUGAGACUGAACUGAGUAUCUCCCAACAUUACCAGAUUUUUAAACUUCUGUUUUCUGGAAGGAAAGACAGCGUCAUCAGGUUUCUCAUCCUCCUAUGAUAGAUUGAUGAUGGUUGUUAUAUAAGGGUCAUUAACACACACCCCAUUUAAAGUAAUUUGAUAUUGGCAUAAACACCUCAGAACAAAUUUGAAGAUUUUAUGAAAAUUCAAACCAUUUUAUCCACAAACUGUAUUUUUAAUAUGAAACUUCAGUAUCUCCUGUCAGUUCUUGGGUCAGAAAUGAUGUUAAUACCAUUCCCUGCACAAUUUUGAAAAUUUGAUAAUCGAUCAUUUAAAAAUUAUACACCUUUUAUUGGGAUAAUUCUUAUGUAAACAAUAUGACAAUUGAUGAACAAAUAAUAUUCGCAUGUGAAAUUUUGCAUCAUGAGGUAUUAUACACAACGUGGUGAAUAUAUUUUUAAAGAAAUGA